CUUUGAGCCACAGGUGAAAUCAAUGAUGGGCUGAUUGCACCAGAGGAGUUUCUGGUGUGGAGCACAGAAACAUAUCGAGAACCUGCAGCUUUUUGCUUGUUUCUUUUGUUGCAAAAGUUGCAAAACCAAGACAUGUCUAUUCUGAAAGACAGCCGUGUUUCAGGGCAUUUUAUCCCAGUAGGGCGACAGCUCCCCAGGACUCCUCCAACACUCAAUGUAAAGAAACAACUAGAUUUCUGUAAUGAAGAGUCAAAUGAGGAUUAUCAGGAGCAGAAUAUGGAGGCUGAUACAAGAGAGCAAGAAAACACAAUGUUUGAUUUCAACACAGUUGUUACAAAAGCAGAACCAGACGAUCCAAACUCCAUGCUGAAGGGGAUGAAGGGCUAUCAGCUGACGCAAAGCGACUUAGAGUUUAUGAAAAAGAUGAAAGAAGAGAAACUUAUUAAAAAACUGCAGGGAGACCUGGCAGAGACGCAGAAGCUUUUAAAAACUGAAAUGAUGUCCUUGGAGCUGGUGUGUGCUUCCAGAGAGAAGGCCCAGGCUGAACUCCAAAAAUUCCCGCCCUGUGAAGACCUCACAGAGUGGAUAAAGGUGGUCCUUCAAAUGACCUCACCAUUGACCGAGUUAACAGACUUGGACGCCAAGUCUCUCCUUGCUAUGGUUACGAGAAAAAACAUCCAAAAAGCCACGGAUGAGAAGUGUGUGGAGCUCACUGAGAUGGAGAACAGGCUGGAAAACAAAAGGAAGAAAGAGGCUGAAGAGAGAGGGCGGCUCGAAAAACAAAUUGCCCAUGAACAGCGGGAGAUCCAGGGAUUAAUGGGCCAGUUGUCUGACCUUAUAUCUCAACUUGAACAACAAAAGGAAAUCUCUAAGGCUCUUGAAAUGCAAAGCAACAUCAAGAAAGAAGCACCAGAAGUCAAAGCCGAAGAAAUACGUGCCACAGAGGAAGUACAGGCCCCUAAAAGACAAGAAAAACGUCAAGUAAAGGGAAGAACUAAGGCUGUUAAACCUGCCGAAAAGUUGCAGGACACAAGAAAUCAAAGUAAAUCAACAAAGAGGGAAAAAACAGACGAUCAGACCAGUGUUAAAGCUGACGAUGCAAACGGGAAUACAAGUGAAACUCUGAAGACAAAACAGAAGUCUAGAGCUGCAGCAGAGAAGCCGGAGAGGUCUGUUAAAGAAGCCAAGGGACCACGGAGGAAAGGUGAGGAGCAAAAGGCUGUGCAAGUUGUGAGAGGGAGAAAAAAGCUCCCCGAACCUGCACAGGCUGCAGCUUCACAACCAAAAAAUCCAAGUCAUUUGAAACCUCCAGCGGCCCCGCCUUCCUCGCAGCAGGCAUCUCGCUCACAGGGCAGAAAAAAAGCUGCAAGAGAUGCUGCAGAGGAACAAAACACCGUUCUGAGGAGAUCCAAGAGGAUCGCCAGCAGGACCUGAACCUGGUGACAGUUUUUCUCACGGCCACGGUGGUAUUUAAGUGCCACACCAUCAAGUGUGCCUUUAUGAGAAUAUUUUCCCCUGAACCUGGUCUCACAGGAAUCCGUGAAAUAGCCAUGGAUUUCGCUUAACUCAAAAUCCGUGGAAUAGCCACGGAAUCACUCAAAUUUCCGUGAAACUGACACGGAUUUGGCUACAAUGCAAGUUAGUGACAGUCAUAUCCCGUGGCUAUUCCAACAUACAAAGUGAUUAUGUACAUACACUGAGUGAAUAUUUAGAAAAUAAAACAUAUAUUUCUCACUAGAAAUGUGAUCAAAAUCCAUUUUUAUGCAGAAACUAAGUCAAAAUAUUUUUUUUUCACUAAAAAUGAGAGAACUGUCCGCCAUGUUUUUUGUUCUGACCGCCGGGACCUUGAAAGUCACGUGACUUGAAACAAACCAAUAGGAACAAAUAUCCAUGGAGUAGCCACGGGAUAUGACUGUCAUUAACUUGCAUUGUAGCGAAAUCUGUGUCAGUUUCACAGAAAUUUGAGUGAUCCUGUGGCAUACCCCGUUGUGAGAAUUUUAACAUGCUAAUGUUUAGCUUAAAGCAUCACUGUAGACUUAGCUUAGUCCAACAAUGUUACUUUUAUUUUGUGUGCUCUUAAAUGUCUUAUGUAAUAUUAAGAAUCCAUGUUGGCUGGGGUUUUAAAAUAGAUUUUUUUUUUUUUUUUCAAAUAAAAUGUAACUUUCGUAAGAAUA